ACAAACAGUUUCUUCGUACAAAAAUAUAAUAAAGAAAAUGACCCAAUCGCCUAAGAAAUAUGUCUCACAUUAUACUAGUUCAACUAAAAAUAGGGGCGUUCAGGCAAAAGAGAUUGAACUGGCCAGUACUCACCUAAUCGACAUGAACUCUACACAGCGGACUGAAAGUUUCACAGCUUCAAUGGGAGAUCACGCGCCUUUGGAGAGAGCCGUUGUACCUGACGUAGAAAAUCCAUCUCCGACAGAUACUGCGCGCGGCACUGACGAGUCUGGGUCAUUUAUUCAAGUAGUUGUCCACAAGCAUCAUCAGAAGAAGGAGUCGCAGCCCGCGGCCGCGCAGACCUCGCCGCGGCUACCCGCAGCCUCCAGCCCCAUCACUAAGAUGGAGCAUCCUUCCAAGGAUCCGCAGGUGCUAGCGGGAUGCGGCGAUGGGCCGGCGCCAGGGCCGCCCCCCGCCCCCGGUGUGUACAUGUUGCCGCCCCCUCUGCUCCUCACCUACCCUGGCAUGGCCCAGCAGCUGGACGGGCGUGAUGGCUACUCUUGGUAUCCCGGGCGGCGCACGCUGGUGGAGGUGUCCACGAGUGCACAGAGCUCGACCUCGUUCAAGAAGCAUGUCCGGGCGGCGCGCCCUGUCGCCCCCACCCGCAAGGCGAAGGUGCCGCCCCCUACCGGACGCGCCGCGGGGGGCGCUGGCGGUGACAUGGAGGAUGACGGCCCUGUGGUGAUUUUUUAUUUCAUAUCGAAUACCGCUUACUUUAUAAUUCCUUAUAUUCGGUUUGAUUAAAUAUCUUUGUUUCAUGCAGGGGAAUAAAAAAUCCUUUUGGGAUAAAUUUAAUCUGAAUGAUGAGAAAAUCGACAUUGAUGAAGACAUGGGGCCGGAGCGAGUAGAAGUGUUCUACUUCGAUCAGGGCGGGUCGGAGUACCUGUGCUCGCGCGGGGGCGGCGGCGGCGCGCUGGCGCAGUGGGCGCGCCGGGCGCUGCGCCGCGCCGACCGCUGCUUCGCGGAGCUGCUGGCCGUGCCCACCUGCCUCGCGC